CCACGCAGAACCUAGCAACAGCGCAGGCUCGGGGCCGAGUCCGUUAUGGCUGCCGCCGCCCUGGGCAGAAUGAGCCGGUCUGCGCGAGAGAAGAUGCUUCCCCGGCCGGGCACCCGGGGCCUCGGCGCGCUGGCGCGGUCGCUGGUGCUGGCGUUGCUGCUCGCGCCCGUCCUGAGCUCUGAUCCUCCAGAGAACAUGCCACACAACCCCACUACUUCUCCUCCAGUUGCACUGACAGCUGGAAACAGCACCGAACCUUCUGUUUCCCAGAUCAGCACCACUUCUCCGCCAGCCAGUACAGAGAAAAAUGGAGGCACCUCUGUGGCACCCACGCUCUCCACUGCUCCUUCUGUGUCCCAGGACGAGGCUGAUAGCAAUGAAGAUCCCAGCAUGGAGGAGGAGGAUCUUCUGGCGCUCAACAGUUCCCCGUCCACAGCCAAAGACGCUCUGGACAAUGGGGACUACGGAGAGUCAGACUACGACUGGACCACCAACCCCAGGGACGAGGAGCCGGAGGAUAAUAUAAACAUAGAGAUAAGCAGAGAGGACAGGCACUUCAGGGGCUUUGAGGACUCAGUGAAGGUGGUGAAGCUCCCGCCCCCAAACAGAGAAGAUAGCCAUUUCUUCUUCCAUCUCCUUAUUUUUGCCUUCUGUGCAGCUGUUGUUUAUGUAACGUACCACAACAAAAGGAAGAUCUUCCUUCUGGUUCAAAGCAGGAAGUGGCGUGAUGGCUUGUGUUCUAAAACGGUGGAGUACCGUCGUUUAGACCAGAAUGUGAAUGAGGCCAUGCCUUCUCUGAAGAUCACCAAUGAUUAUAUUUUCUAAAGCACUGUGAUUGGAGUCUGCUUCUUCUGUCAUUUUAUUUGCUUGACUUUUAUAUGAUGUUGUGCAAAUUCUGCCACAGGCAAGUGGCGCUUAACCAAGAGGGGGCCCUCUCUUUUGCCUUGGUGCUUUGGGAACUAAAUGUCACAAACAAGGAGUAUAUAAUUUUUUAAUCUGUUCUUUAGAGCUAGAUUCAAUCAGGUAUCUGAAGUGUGAGUUAAACGUUAUUGUAUAUUUUUUGUUGUAGUUAUUAUUUUCCAUUUAUUGUGCCUCUGGCAGCACUGUUCCUUUUGAAAGACCACAAACCAGAACUAAAGUCUCACGGGGCCCAGCACUGCUGGUUUUCAUCACUUGCUGCUGUUCAAAUGCUGGUUUUCCUCUUUCUGUUAUUCUAAUUUUUGAGAUGGGGGUCUUACUGAACAGCCUAGGCUGGCCUCGAACAGUUGGUCGUUGGAUUCUCAAAUGCUGGUACUACAGGUGUGGCUGUCCCACCCACUUCCAAAUAGCCUAUUUUCAAACAUAUUUUUGUUUGUGUGUGGUAUAAACUUCAUUAUACAGGAUAUCAUGAUGUAUUGUUUGUGUGUGGUACAGACUUUAUUAUACAAGGAUAUCAUGAUGUAUUGUUUGUGUGUGGUACAGACUUUAUUAUACAAGGAUAUCGUGAUGUAUUGUUUGUGUGGUACAGACUUCAUUAUACAAGGAUAUCAUGAUAUAUUGCUUUGUUUCACAGCCACAUGUUCGCCACUCUUUCCAAACUUUGAAAGAUGGAUGGAAAGGUAGGCUCCCUCAGUGAGGGCGCCUGCCGCCAAGCCUGACCACCCGAGUUCAGUCCCCAGGACCUGCAUGGUAGGACAGUGAAUUCUUGCAGGUUGUUCUCUGACCUCCACAUGUGUGCAUGGCAUUCGUGCACCUACACACAUGCUUAUACACACAGUAAAUAAAUGUAAUUAUUAAAAGAAAA